GGGAGGAAGUUGAGCCACAAAGCGAUCACUGCCACUGUGCUAAGAGAAAAAAUACUGAAACAAAUAAGCGAAGCGGGGCUUCACUCUAUCAUGUGCCAUUCUAGAGCGGAGAAAACAACAGAUUCGCAUCAAUGAAGCCGACGGACGCCGUCUUUAAGUUUUAGCCUGGCACGGUCUCUCUCUACGCGGACAGCCUGGUAGGAAGGAGCCUCUCGCGGCUGGUUUGGUCGGAGCUCGACGAGCUCUGCUGUGUUCGAGAUCCACUUGCGUGCGGAGGGACCUCCACCACCACCACCACCACUACUACUACUACCACCACCAGCAACAGCAGCAGCAGCGGUGGUCCUCGUUCUGGGGCUUCUCCACGUUUGGUGAAGCCGUGUUUGAGACGACUUCCCCCAUUAAUCGCUGUCACUGCACUUGUUUACGGCGGGGAGGGAAAACAUUAUCGGCGCACAAGCAGCACGACUCCCGCUGGCCAGUCGUUUUCAAUCAGCCAGCAGCGCUUCCUCCGCCCCCUUCUCCUCCAUCAGCGUCACCAUCAGUCCACAGCUAGUAUUUCUGUGCUGGGUGUCCAGGCGAGGAGGACCCCCUCUGGUGCUCGGGGUAGCUCGGCAAGCCGCUAUGGAUUAUUUUGUGCGGUUCUUAUACUACUUGUGACUCAGCUGGACUAUCGAGGACUGUGACUUCCCCCGUACUUGCAGCCAGUCUACGGGCAGUCGCUAGCUUGCACAUCGCUGUGUGAAUCCGAGCCAGUGGUAACUGUUAGUGCCAUCUGCUCACUGUGCUACGGGCAGCAGGGGCAUUUGAAUGCUGAAACGAUCCACAUUGGAUGCACAGCUUACUGAACCACACUGUACGAUGUUUGUUAGUUAGCCUACUGGCUAGCAGGUAUAGUGUUAUUUUUGCUAGCUAGCGCGGUAGCUAACUAGCACACGAACCCUAGUAUCGAUAUCGCCAGCGGGCUAAAGCGAGUUAGCUUUCGGGCGUAGCGAGUUUGGCUCGCAAUUAACCGAGUACGCCCUCCCGCCUGGGUUGGAAUUUGUGCUAAACAACUCAAAGUGUUCAAAAACAGAAUUACCAUCUGUGUGUGUGUGUGCGUGUGUGUUAAUAUGAGAGAGAGAGAGUGGUGAGGCGAUAAGAAGGAAGGUUCAGGCUACACACCAAGCGAGCCCAGCAGCAGCAGCGUGUGGACUUUUUUUUUUUUACAGCACAUCUCGGGUCUUCUGUUCGCGGGGCUUGCGUGAUUUUUGUUUGUGCCAAAACGUCCCCGAGAGACCUUUUUGAGAAUUGUGUGCGCGCUCCAGUCGAGAGAGGUUGAACACAAAGAAGAAGAAGCAGCUGCAGCAGCGACAGCACACCAAUGGUCGACUCUCCAACCUGUCGCCCAGUGUCCUCUCUCCUCAUCCCCCCUUCAUUUUCACACUCGCCGAUUCUUGUGUGAAACGGAGAGUUUGUAUUUUUUCGUUGUCUGGACACAAAGAAGCCAACUCCCGCUGUUUUUUUUUCUUGUGUGCGCGUCUUUUUUUGUUUACAUCUUAAGGGAACAUCCCUUAAAUCCCAUACACAUGCCGCACUGGAGUCAGUCCAGGCGUUUGGACACAUUACCAUCAGGAGCAGCAGAGGAGUCUCCAGGGAUCUGACAGCUGUCCUCAGACCCGGCACCUCUGUGACAGGCUGCACGGUACCGUAAAGCGAGGAGGUGCUGGCCUCAUCGCUCCUAGUCUUCCUCAAACGCGCCCUAGGAAGAACCCGGCCCAGUCCUCUUUUUUUUUUUUUUUUUUUUAAAUAUAUAUUUGUCUUUAUCUCGCACUAAAUGGGAUUACAAGGACGCUGAUCAAGCGGCCUGUCAUUUCUCUGCUAACCUGCCACCCAAUGUCUUCGCUCCUGAAUUUCCCCUUUCCUUUUACAACGAUGGCAGCGUGAGGCCAAGUGAACAGACUGCAGCCACAGACAGCGACAGUGUCCGCUCUGUCGGGUCCCCACACGCACCUUGCCCCCUUGAUGUUGGUCACAUCUGGCUCGGGACAGUGUUUUUUAAUUCCCUGAAACAGAACCUACCCCCCAGCCCGGUUGUUUUAUUGGUCGUGGUCGUCACAGGGUCGAAAGAUGGCGGACCUCGAAGCGGUGCUCGCCGAUGUCAGCUAUUUGAUGGCGAUGGAGAAGAGCAAGUCAACACCGGCGGCCCGGGCGAGCAAGAAAAUCAUCCUGCCCGAGCCCAGUAUUCGCAGCGUGAUGCAGAAGUACCUGGAGGAGAGAGACGAACUGACAUUCGACAAAAUCUUCAACCAGAAAAUUGGCUUUCUACUGUUCAAGGACUUCUGUCUGAACGAGAUCGACGAGGCAGUGCCACAGCUCAAGUUCUAUGAAGAAAUUAAGGACUACGAGAAGCUGGACUCGGAGGAGGAGCGGUUGAGCCGCAGCCGGCAGAUUUACGACGGCUACAUCAUGAAGGAGCUCCUGUCCUGUUCACACCCGUUCUCUAAGAAAGCAGUGGACCAUGUUCAGAGUCACUUGGCUAAGAAACAGGUUCCCCCAACUCUCUUCCAGCCAUACAUAGUGGAGAUCUGUGACAGCCUGAGAGGGAACAUCUUCCAGAAGUUCAUAGAGAGUGACAAAUUUACCCGGUUUUGCCAGUGGAAGAACGUGGAGCUCAACAUCCAUCUGACCAUGAAUGACUUCAGUGUGCAUCGGAUCAUCGGCCGGGGCGGCUUCGGAGAGGUUUAUGGCUGCAGGAAGGCCGACACGGGGAAGAUGUAUGCCAUGAAAUGUUUGGACAAGAAGAGGAUCAAGAUGAAGCAGGGGGAGACUCUUGCUCUCAAUGAGAGAAUUAUGCUGUCGUUAGUCAGCACAGGGGACUGUCCAUUCAUUGUGUGUAUGACAUAUGCCUUCCACACUCCAGACAAGCUCUGCUUCAUCUUGGACCUCAUGAACGGGGGUGACCUGCACUACCACCUGUCUCAACAUGGCGUGUUCAGUGAGAAAGAGAUGCGUUUCUAUGCGGCUGAAAUCAUCCUGGGUCUGGAACACAUGCACAACCGCUUCGUUGUCUACCGAGACCUGAAGCCAGCCAAUAUCCUGCUGGAUGAACACGGUCACGUUCGUAUCUCCGACCUGGGUUUGGCGUGCGACUUCUCCAAGAGGAAACCCCACGCCAGUGUCGGUACUCAUGGUUACAUGGCUCCAGAGGUCCUCCAGAAAGGAACAGCGUAUGACAGCAGCGCCGACUGGUUCUCCUUAGGCUGCAUGCUCUUCAAACUCCUCCGAGGGCACAGUCCCUUCAGACAGCACAAGACCAAAGACAAACACGAGAUCGACCGCAUGACACUCACCAUGAAUGUGGAACUGCCAGACUCUUUCACCACAGAGCUCAAAGAUCUGCUGGAGGGGCUGCUGCAGAGGGAUGUGGCCAAGAGGCUUGGCUGCCAGGGCCGAGGAGCCCCAGAGGUGAAGGAGCAUCAGUUCUUCAAAGGCAUCGACUGGCAGCAGGUUUAUCUCCAGAAGUACUCUCCUCCACUGAUCCCGCCCAGAGGAGAGGUGAACGCCGCGGAUGCUUUUGACAUCGGCUCAUUUGAUGAGGAGGACACCAAAGGCAUCAAGCUGCUCGACAGUGACCAGGAGCUGUACAAGAACUUUCCUCUGGUGAUAUCGGAGCGCUGGCAGCAGGAAGUGGCAGAGACGGUGUACGAGGCGGUCAACUCGGACACGGACAAGAGCGAGGCGCGCAAGAGGGCCAAGAACAAGCAGCUGGGCCACGAGGAGGACUAUGCACUGGGUAAGGACUGCAUAAUGCACGGCUACAUGCUGAAGCUGGGGAACCCCUUCCUGACCCAGUGGCAGCGUCGAUACUUCUAUCUCUUCCCCAACCGUGUGGAGUGGAGGGGGGAGGGCGAGUCCAGGCAAAACCUGUUGACGAUGGAGCAGAUCGUGUCGGUGGAGGAAACGCAGAUUAAAGACAAGAAGUGCAUCCUGCUGCGCAUCAAAGGCGGGAAACAGUUUGUGCUGCAGUGCGAGAGCGACCCGGAGUUUGUGCAGUGGAAGAAAGAGCUGACCGAGGCGUUCACAGAAGCCCAGAAGCUGCUGCGUCGUGCUCCCAAAGUCAUCGGGAAGGGGCGGGCCGGAGUGGUGGAGCUCUCCAAACCUCCACUCACACACCGCAAUAGCAACGGCCUGUGAAUACACACACACACACACACACACACAGAUAUAUACACACACACACGCACGCACACACACACGCAUACACACACUGCACCCCCCUCCCCUCCUCAUCAGCCACAGGACAUUUGCUCUGACACGUUUCCCACCGUGAGGUGUGUGCGUGUGUGCGCGCGCGUGUGUGUGUGUGUGUGAACGGAGCAUGACCACCAGCCACCAUGUGACACACACACACACACACACACACACACUCACUCAUCACGAAGACCAGUCACAAGAGCGAUUGAUUCUUUUGUUUUAGUUUUUAUUUUUUCUCUGCCACGGGACCUGAGAGGACGGAGGGACGUGAGGCGAGGAGACGCCGUGACGAGGACGUGUCCUUGUCCCUCUGGUUUCCGUCCCCCCCCCCCGCUUGAAUCAGGUGAAUCCAGAACCAGGAUCUGCAGCAGCCGCACAGACUCUGAGCCGCUGUGUUUACUCAGUGAGAGAGAGAGCGAGAGAGAAAAGGCUGCUCCAGUGGUUCCUCUCAUCCCUCCCUCUCACCUGUCCUCCCCCGUUAUUAUAUUAAGUGUGUAAAGUGCCAACGUCAAUAUUUACUUGAGUCACCUGAGCAUCUGGAACGACCUGCUCUGGCGGCAGAUGUUGCCCCUCCCUCCCUCCCUCCCUCCCUCUCUCUCUCUCCCUCCCUCCACACACACGGAUACACAGAGGAGGGAGUGUGUACGCGGUGGGGGCGGUGGCGGUCUUGGUUGUGGGGGUGGUGGUGGGUCGGGGAGGGAGGUGAUUGAUCAUUCCACACUGCAGAAAAGCGGAAGUACAAGGAGCCACGGACUCUUCCAGAUAGGCUCCUGUACAGCCGGGGUUACCAUAGAGACUGAUAUUUCAUUGGCUGUCGAAAAGUGCAGCUGGUUGCCACGGGAACCCUGAAGACUGGUCUAUACCAGGGAGACUGGUAACCACGGACAACGGUGUAACUAGUGUGUAUUACGGCUACACUUGCAGAUAAAAAAAAAAGAAGAUGAUGGCAGAGGGGAGGGAGCGAGGACGUGACUCUGUGACUCUGUACAUACACAAACCCUGUCUCUGUGCAUCGCCAGUGUUUCAGUCCAACGUGUUUGCAUUAGCGGGGACUUUUCUCUGUCUGCCUGUUUGUGAAUCUGUCCUGGCUUUUUAAGGGAAGGGAGGGGGAGGGAGGGAGGGAGGGAGGAGAGGGAGGCGCUGCGUUACCUCAGUCAGACUGUUUGUUUUUGAAAACGGGGAAGGAUGAGAGCUGCUCAAGGUUCCAAAAAACGCCCGGCGUGGCCCGCAUUAACGCAGACGAGCGCAGACAGUCUGCUGCUGAGGAGGCGGGAACAUGAACAAAGACAAGCUGAUUAAACUCAUGAAAGGAAAAAAAAAAUCCACCUUCAAAUCCACCAAACACAACUUAAAUGGGCUUUUAUUUUUUUGUUUUCUUCAGUCUGUGUAAACAUAGACGCUUGAGUUUAGUGUUUAUUGUCGUUCUGCACGGUCACAGCAGAGACGUCGAGCUUGUGUCUCAAUGAAGAAUCAAUCGUUUAUAUUUCACCGACCGCAAACCUGUUUACAUCAAACUAUGGUUCAAAUAUACACACACACAACUCAUGUCACAAAGACGGUGUCGAACAUUCACCAUUAAGAAUCUGAAGGCCUAAAAAAACUGUUAACUUUGCGUAAUUGUCUUCAUCUAAGCAGCUGUGUGUGUGUGUGUGUGUGUGUGUGUGUGUGUGUGUGUGUGUGGCCGUUCACAGGAAAUCCAAACAAAGAUUGAUUAGAUUUUUAUUGUCGACAUUAAUUAACACGCGUUAAUAAACAUGAGGUUAUCUUUCGUGAAAACGUCAUCAUAGAAACUAAAUAAAUGAGGAAUAAUAAAGUGGCAUUUGAGAAUAUCAAUAUUGAAGAGCACAGUAAUAAAAACCGAGAAAUUC